AUGGCUUCCCAGAGCACCUCAGCGCCCUCAGCAUCCUCAUCCUCAUCCCUCUCUCACUUCUCGAUGUUCUCUCAGGAGGAAGUGCUGUCCCACACAGUGCUGCUCGUCAAAGACGAAAUAAGCUGGACUCUGCAGGAGCUUGGAGAGCAUGGUGACGUGAAGCAGGAAGAGCUCGAGGAACUAGCAGACGCGACUGUGAGCGGUUGCGAGGCUGAUGUAAAGCAGGAGAAGCUUGAGGAAAAGGAAGACAAGCACGAACUUCAGAAUAGUGACCAGCCGUCCGUUCAAGAUGUUGCACAGAAGUCAACUGAAGGGCAGCCACAACAGAUCCGGAAGAAAGAUCUCACUGGAGCCGAUAUUCUGGAGCGCUUAAAGACUGGGCACUUCGCAGCUCUGGCUCGGAGCCUGGAGGGCGAAAUCGGCAUCAAGGAUGAAACGUGGGAAAGGAUGCCCGCCCGCACGUGCGUUCAUGAUCUCCUGGUGCGGUAUAAUGCGAUGGAAGACCCCAAGAACUUGUACCACUUUGAGCGCGCUGGAUGUGUGGAAGGCGUCACUUCUGUGUUGGUUGCGACUGGCUUCUUUCAGAGAGAAUUCCGAGGCUUCGCCAAGCAUGGGUCUUCAAUCGCAAAAGGCUUUGGCAAAAAGAUUCCUGCCCCAUGGCUUGACCAGCGAGCUGCCGAGCAAGCGGCUUGUGAACUGUUUAAAAGAGAUGCUGAAGUGCAGGAGGUAAGGCAAUGGCUCCCACCGAAAAUGGACAGGAUUCGCAAGUUCUUCAAACUUGAAAAGCAUCAGAAAGAUGAGCUGGCAGCUAUGGGCUUUCCGCCGACAACUGUCCAAUCGGAUAUUACGAAGGCUAUUUAUAGUGGUUUCAGAGAUCUGGGCUGCCGUACAUCUAUGUGGGAUACCUACGAAGGAUGA